CGUAAUUUGAGAAGAUGCCUGAACCAGCGAAAUCCGCUCCCAAGAAGGGCUCCAAGAAAGCCGUGACCAAGACGGCCGGGAAGGGCGGCAAAAAGCGCAGAAAGACCAGGAAGGAGAGCUACGCCAUCUACGUGUACAAGGUGCUGAAGCAGGUGCACCCGGACACCGGCAUCUCGUCGAAGGCCAUGGGCAUCAUGAACUCGUUCGUCAGCGACAUCUUCGAGCGCAUCGCCGGCGAGGCCUCCCGCCUGGCGCACUACAACAAGCGCUCCACCAUCACCUCCCGGGAGAUCCAGACCGCCGUGCGCCUGCUGCUGCCCGGAGAGCUGGCCAAGCACGCCGUGUCCGAGGGCACCAAGGCCGUCACCAAGUACACCAGCUCCAAGUAAACCCGGCCCGCCCGUCCCGGAUCAGCGAACCCAAAGGCUCUUUUAAGAGCCACCCACA